AUGGAGGAGCUUUUGAAGAAAAAUGAGGAUUAUGCCAUUCCAGGAGAGAAGAGACGACUUGGAACUUUCAGGCAAGAAGGGAAGCUCAAUACAUCGAGAGUAGUUUCUUCAUUCGUGUACAUUGGUUUUUCAUCUGCUUUUGCUGUCAUGUUCGGCUCAAACCAUGAGAAAAUCAAGCUCCAGCUUGCUUCUGAUAAAAUCGAAAAAAUUGAUUGUGGCAUUGGCGAAGAAAUUUCAUGCGCAGACCUUUUCAUUAUUGCUCCAGACAACGCGAUUGUUGGGGACAUCGUGUUCUUCACAGCGGAGGCGAUGGAAGCCAUAGAAGAAAAAAUAUGUGACCCGGUGGAAGACUUCAAAACGUGUUUCUUCCGCGACCCUAGAAUACCAAUCAGAAAUGAGUCGAUAGACGAAUUUAGCAACCAGACUGACAUUGCCUACGGAAUGGCGCAUGUUAUCUUGGAUGAAGGAUCGCUUGUUCAUGGUUCCGUUUGGCUGAUUCCAAGAGACAGCGAAGAUAUUCUUAUCUUCCCCGGGAUCAACGGGAACUUGGUGGAGCUCGAUAGAACGAUGGAAGAAUACAGUUUUUAUGCAGUUAUGGAUGGUUUUAUUUUCAUAACCCAACCAAAAGACUAUCACAUGGAAAUACUGAUUGAUGAUAUUCCUGCGAAUCGAAUGAUGCUACCACGAAGGUCUGAAAUACGAAAAGCACAAAUGCAGGCAACUUAUGUUGAUGUUGCUAUGAUUGACGCUCAAAACUCGCUCAUAAAAAUUGAUGUCAAAGAAGGACAAAAAAUUAAGAUUAAAAAAAUAAUUCCGGUAUCGUUAUCAAAAUAUUAUUGGUCCCGAGAAAGCCUGAAAAUGAAUUUUUAUACUGACGAAUGGAAAACAAGCGGAAGUCUUAUCCAGAAGAUGUGCGACUUUUGCUCUGCUCAGCGUAGAAUCGAACAAGCCCAAAAUGGCUCAACCUGCGAACAAAGAGAAUGGUUUCGACAACAGCUAGAACCUCUGUGGUUCCCAAUUCAAAACGGAAAGAGAUGCUCCUUCGAAAUACCGGGGCUCGGCAAAAAGGACAGCUUUUCCGUUGUUAGUAAUCAUGGAAAUAAUAAAAAUACACCGAACAUCAUGAUUUCUCCUGGCCUGGUGCUCGCACGAGAUACUUAUUUCCAACAGUGCCAUCUAUCCAUGGAAUUGAAAAUCUCAUCUGCCGCGGCCGACAGGUUUAAUUUGCAGUUAUCAUUGCUUCAAGAAGCCAAUCCGGCUAAACGAGAUUUGAUCAGGACAUCCAUUGAACGAAUCGAGAACAAUCUAAUGAUAACUGGAGACUUCAUCCCGUUUCAAGGAAGAAACUACAUCCAAAUAUCGAUUUCGGCAAUUGGAAGCAUGACGUUUGUGGCUAAAGAAAUGACGAUUUCCAAGUGCAAAAUGAUGAAAAGCCAACCUAGAGUUCCUUGA